CUUCCUACUAACGUGACGAAAGCGGAAGUGAAAGACGUUCUUCUCUUGUCAGCCUUUGUAAACAUUUAAUAAUGUCCAAAGCAACUAGGCAAGUGGAAGCGACGCAUUACAUGCGCAAUUUAAACACUUUGUAGUUUAAUAAUUUAUCGUGUUAUGUUGGGACGGUAAACAAAAGUGCUUCCUAAUGAUAGCGUUAGCUUUAGCACCCCGUGUGUCAGAUGGUGAUCUGCACAGAGAGAUGGACUUCUAGUUCAACAGGGACAUAGGGGUUAACAGCAGGUUUUUGAGAUCUCGCUAGAGGGCGCUGUUGUACACAAAGUUGAACACGUCGCGUGUCUAACGGAAAGUUUAGCAUUUUCCUAUUAUUUACAUGUUUUAACAUUUAUCUUUGUUCACAGGUGUGGCAGAAACACACAAUGACUUGGUUAAAAUAUACCCUCUCUCUACCUGUGACGGCUGGGUUCCUGUUGGUAGGGCUGCCUUACUCAGUUUGUUUAGCUGCCCAGUUAAUUUAUGGCUGUCCCAAUAAAUCUGGAUGCAGGAAGUACACAGAAGCUCUCAAACCAAGGCGGAUAUACCGUUUGACCUUUGCUAUACUGGAUAUUCUCAAAUACCUCCAGUAUGGGAGGCUGUACUUUCAACUGAAGUUGUGGUAUAAAAAUGAGGAAAACAAUAAGCAUUACAAAAAGAACAUCAUUUUUGGCCGCAGGAGCACAAACCUGGACUUGUACCACCCCCCAAACACCAGCAAGCCUGAACAUGUGUCGACACCCCUUGUGGUUUUUGUCUAUGGAGGAGCCUGGGGUUCUGGUGAAAGAUCCACUUACUGUUUACUGGCCCGGCAGAUGGCUGAGGAACUGAGCACAACUGUCAUCUGUCCAGAUUACUGCACUUAUCCAAAGGGGGACAUUCUGGGGAUGGUCCAAGACAUUGCUGACUGCUUGAUUUGGGCCCAAGAAAAUGCACAGAAGUUCAGCUUUGACAAAGACAACAUUGUUUUAAUUGGCCAUUCAGCAGGUGCACAUCUGUGCGCCCUGACUACGUUAUUUCUGAUUGAAACAAGAGACGAGCUGUUCAUCGAUUCAGAGAGACAAUGGGACAUCACAAUGUCCAUCAGAGGAGUCAUUGGUCUGAGCGGUGUUUAUGACAUCAUGGAUCAUUAUGAGCACGAGCAGAAGCGAGGAAUUGAAUACAUAUCCACCAUGCACAAAGCCAUGAACGGAGAGGAAAACUUUUCAAACUAUUCGCCAAACUACUUAUUGAGGAAGCUGAGCAGUGAAAACCUCAGCAGAAUGCCUCCGUUCGCUUUGCUUCACGGGACGAGCGACGUUGUUGUUCCAGUUAAAUCCUCCACAAAGUUCUCUGAGCUUCUCACCUCGCUGUCUGUAAAGGUGUCGCUCUACCUGCUUCCUGAGGUCAACCAUACCGAGAUGGUCACUGACCUCAUGCUGUCAAACCGACGCUUCUACCAUCCCGUCUUCAGCUGCAUCAAGCAGGAGUUCAGGAAGCUGCUCGGAUUCCGCUGACAAACGUCCUCCGGAUCUUCUGACUGGGGUCUUCUCUUCAACUAAAUAUUCUACCUUUUUAACUGGGAGCAAAGAUAUUCUUAACGAUUAUUAACUAUUUGAAUAAAAUGUGGUGUGUUUUC